AUGUAUGGAUACAUGGUGAGUCCGAUUUUGCUGCAAAUUUAGCCGCAAAUGAGCGAUGUUUAAGCAAGACUAUUUCAGCGUUCCGCCAUCUCCACAGAGCCCGCCAAACCCGCGAAUAAAUCGUCGAUUAAUCAGCGGCGCAGUCAGCCCGUCUUCAAAUCCCGGCGACGCAAAAAACCUGGAUUUUUCCAACGAUUGCGACGCAAUAAACCUUUUGUCGACAACAAAGAGGAUGAGAAACAGGAAAGCAUCUUCGAUUCGAAUGAGAUCACCAAUCUGCAUAAGAAUGCGCCCAGGAAUUCCUAUAUUCACAUGGACCCAGUGGACAGUUACGUCGACGAAAUUUGUGGAUCUUCGAAUUCGAAUGGCGUUGACGAUGAGGCAAUUGGACAAAACGGUAAUAUCAAAUUGUGAGCCAGACCAAAAAUGUUUCAGAGGACCAUCUACCAUCAAUUCCUCCUUUAUCACCUCAAAGCUCGUUCCAAUCCAAUUCUGAUGCUGACAAUACCCCAUCAACGAGUACAGGUAAAUCUCUUGAGAGUAUAGACACCUCAACUUUUGACAAUGACUCCACUUGGACGGUAAAUGUUGUCCAUGAAAUUCCGAAGAUUACGUUAAAAGAGGUCCUCAAAGAUGUAGCCAUGGGCACUGGGGGAAAUCAAACUCCCAAAGUGGAGAAAGCCAGGAUUCCAAAUGAUGUGGAAGGAGAACAGAGAGUCAGGAUAGAGCUGCAAAAUAAUGGAAUAAGAAGGGUUGAGAGACCAGUGAGCAGUAAGGAAUUUCAUGAUGAUCAUAAUAUUGGACAUGAUAAAAGAGUUGAUGGAAAGGAAUCAACGUCAUCCAAAAUCAAGUCCACCGACCAACCUAAAGACGAUUUCAUCAGUGACGGAUCUAAUGGACCUCUUCCACCAUCUGAAUCAACAUCAGAAGUCGCUUUACCAACCGAAGAAACUGAUGGGUCCGAAGAAAUUUACAAACCGCAAAUUGUCCUCCGUCCGAAAAAAGUAAAGGAUCAAUUGAUCCAACAGAUCAACAGCAUUUAUCACCGCUAUUCGAUGAAGCGAAAGGAAUCCAUGAUUGAAGUUGAGGACACUAUCAGGCAUUCGUUGUAUGACAUACAGUACACCACAACAAGUAUCGAAUUUUCAAACGAAAACUGUGGUGCUAAUACGGACGUAGAGAAGACAUUUCAUGAAGCAAGAUUAGAUUCAAUGGCAUUCUACUUGAUUGAAAGACCAGUUGACCGAGAUAUUAUGGUAGUUGGAAUCGUGAAGGAUACGGUAAAUGACGAUGUUCGUUUUGAGUUGACGGAAAUCGAUGCCAUUUUCUGCUUUGAUCAGAGUGAAGAUACGGCCAAUUGCCAGUUUACUCGACCAGAAACAUCAAUUGAGUACGGUUUCUUUGCAGUUUCCACUGAGUAUUUUGAUCUACAUCAACACGAAACAAGUGGAGAGACGGCGGAAAUAGUAUUAACCCAGAAGUCUUCUGAAUAUGAAAGCCUUUCUUAUGGCGUUACAUGUCUAAAUUUGGAAUUGAAAAAAGCCGCUUUCGAUGGUAACGGAGAGACAUUGGUUAUCCCCUCGAUUACCCAGUUGGAAGGCUGUGAAUUUUCUGUAACGACGGUUGAGAACGACUUCAAUAAAAGUGCUCAAGCUGCAGAAACUGGCAACUGUGAAGUUACAGUUGGAUUGACAGCCAAAGAUACCUGCUCAUUCUCUGUAAACUCAAUCGAACAAACCAUUCAAGUAGCAGAUGAGAAGAAUUGUGAACUUUUGGAGGUUACGUUGGCAGAAACUGUAACAGGAACGCCUAUAUCAUCGUCUGUUAAACCAUCCACAGACCCUAAAAUGGAAGACCAUGAACUUAUGCGUCUUAUUGAACUGUCUGGACAGUCCAGCGAGAAUCUUAUCAACCGGGAUGAUAUUGAGUCAAAAGAGCCGCUUCCAAGUUCACAAGAAGAUUCCGUGCCUCCACUGACAGUUGAUGUUGAUGUAGGCAGCGAAGAGAGUGGAGCCUAUUCCGAGGUCUCGCUCUUCGAACACUUGGAAAUCAGUCCACCAUUGAUCCUGAAGAACUGCCGGAAAUGCGCAUGUGCCUGUUGGAGGACAAAUGUUACGCAAUCAAACAGCUACAGUGAGGUUUGUAGAUGCUUCGAGAUGGAGAAAGAAGCCGAGAACAAAGAAGAUAACAUGUUGGUCAACUCAAUUCAUCUUGAAGAAAAAAUCGAAAAAAAUUCUGGAGAGUAUUUUGGAGAGAUUAGCAAGAGGAUAGGUACUGUUUGUACAGAAACUCUUUUCUUCGGUGCAACCUCGACUGAGAUUGUAUUGGAGAAAAAACAGGAUGAGAAUGUUUCUGGUGAAGCUCUCGUAUUUCACCCCAUAAAACAGUCAGCAACAGAGACCAUGACAAUUUCUGGGGGUUGUUUCGAACUAACGAUGAAUAUUCCGGAUGAUAAAAUAACUGAAAUUACUUUCGCAGAGGAGCAAUGUGUGAAAGAUGGAUUUCAGUUAUGCAUUUCUCAGACCGACGUUGAUCUUUUCCCAAUGAAAAAAGCAGAUCGAUCACAGAAUGCUGAAAUUUUUAUACCCGAGGUUACGGUAGAGCAAGUGAACUAUUCCGAAAACUUCUGUGAUAUUCAACUUCAUAAGUCGGAAGGAGAAAAGAAUGAUAAGGAUGGACAUUGCAAAGUUAAUAUGGCUUAUAACACUCAUGAUACGCAAUGUUUAUCUAUAACGUCCUGUGAUGCUCUCAUAGCAAGCCUUGAACAAACAGAAUACGUUUGCCAUGACAUCAAAUCAGCACAUGAUGGCCAAGCUAUUCUCAGUCUUACUGAUCUUUUAGAACAAUUUAACAAGCCAGGGGAAUUACUGGCAGACGACAUUACACUUCCAACCACAAUGUCAGACAUCAUCAGUUAUAGCGAGAUUAAAACUGAUGUUGAUUUUGCAAACACUACUUCGGAAACCAUGAACUGCAGAGUUACAUGGGAUGAAACGAUGUUCUAUCAAGUUAGUCUGGCUGUAACAUGGAUUGAUUCUCUUUUGAUGAAGCCGCAGAUGUCAGAAUGUGUGGAAAGGACGCAAACCGAAGUUCGCAAAGGGUCGACCUCACUGUCAAUGGAAAAAUUAGAUUCUCUUAUACGUCGGCAAGAUGACGCAUGCACAGUAUGCUCGACAUGGUUAGAUAAGCGUUCUGAAAAAUCGUUUGUAGACCUCAAGUUAGAUGUUUCUUACAAAGAAAUUGAUCCCGUAAAGCAAUGUCAGACAGAAGAAACCGAAGCCGUCAGAAAAUUAGUUGACACAGACUCCAAUUUCUCGAGAGAGUCAGCAGUCAUUACCUAUGCAAGAUCAAUGUCGCCGUCUAUCGCCAGCACGUCUAACACAAUGUCCGAAGUCCCGGAGGAUCCAUUCCAUGACUUUAACGACGGUUAUCUCCUCAAAUAUGGGGAAAUGCUGCCCAUGCCAAUCUGUCGAAGUGUCUCUUCCAUGAGCAGUGCGAUUACGGUAUCAGAAGGAGAAGAAACUUUGAAAAGGGAAGACGUUAAUCGGAUAGUGAAGGAAGUGUUGGAUGGGUUGGUUGAGAAAGUCAUCGAAUCGCAUUUGGAGCAGUUUGAGAAAAGGUUUAGCGUCCAUGCCAGAUCCAGUCCGGCUAGACUCAACUUGAUGUCAUGGUUCGACAAUUCGGAUCUUGUUCAUGAACAAAUAGCUGAAGUGCAAUUUAGGCAUGCAAUCAAGGUAGGUACAUAGAUUCUCUUAGGGCUCUAAUAUACAACUGUAACGUCUUCGUUAACCGACCGGUUCUUCGUAUUGUACCAUUUUUGAUUUGCGUCUUUUUGCAACCUGCGCGGCUCGGGCGCGGCUCGCCCUUUUAGAAAUUGUUCUGUGCGAGAAAAAUACGCGUGUUCUCACGAAAACUGUUGAAAACGUAAAUAUCCAGCAGGUCCUUCUCCGUUUAUAUAAACUUUGAUUCACGAUAAUCAAUUUUUUUAGAGUUUCCGCAGUUUCCGCGGUUUUUGACCCGACAUGUUAUUAUUUUUAGGGAUUGCUCAGGCGGAUUGUAAAAAUGGGCAUUACGAAGUAGCUCAGACAAUCUUCGGGAGGAAUACCCUGCCUUUAUGUUUAUCAAAUAUAGUUUAGCGUUUUGUUUAUUAAAAAGACGGACUUUUUUGUUUUAUAAGAUUUAUGAGGCAUGAGAUCUGGGCUUGUUAUUGUUAAAAAUUGACUCGUCUGUUUCGCCUAAGAGGGUUCUGCAUGACCUGUUUAGCCAGCUAAUGGUGACUAAUUUUAGUUUGGAGUUCCGAAACCGGUCAUGUUCUCGGAUGAAGAUGACCUUCCCAUCUCGGACGAUGAAUACGGAAAUCCCUCAAUGGACGAUUCCUCGGUAAGUGCUUUUCGAUUUCUUUGUCUUAUAAAUUUCGAUUUGGGAUUAUAAGUGUUGUUUCCAGGCAACAAUCACUUCCAACACAUCAAAAUUGGUUUUAAAUUCGUCCGUAGAAGAGCAAAAUGGAAAGAAUCCGGAACAAGCCAUAGAGCCGGAAAACAAUGGGACGGCACAGCCCGAGAACGGAUCUAGUCGUCCAUCAGAGCCUCUUGGAUUAGGGGGUUCUAAUGUUCCACCUCUUGUGCAGCCUGCUCAGGCCAACGGAGCGGGAAAGACAGAAGAUAGCGAUGAACAAGCAGUAGAUGAAGAGGCGGUUGUCUUCAAAAACGCCAACAUUGUUGUGAGCAUUAGAGCUUACGAGAAGAAAAGCGAGGGGUUCAAUGCUUAUAUUGUGUACAAGAUUGAGACCAGAGUAAGCGCGAGUUUAAUUUACGUUUAUUUUGAUUUUAGGUAUCCGGAAUUCCAAACUACACCAAGUCCAUGAACGAAGUUUGGCGGAGGUUUAGCGAUUUCCUUGGGCUCCGAGAUAAAUUGGUGGAGAAGUAUCAGCAUAAAGGGGUAGCCAUUCCUCUAGCGCCGGAAAAGUCGUUGGCCGCCUUGACGAAGACCAAGUUGAACACCACAAACGAUGAGGGAUAUACAACGUAUGGGUUCAUUACUUUUAAUUCCCUGCGGGAAUGAAUAUAAAGAAAAAUAUAUAUAAAUAUUCUUUAGGGAUGUUGCCGAGAAGAGAGCUCGACUCUUAGAACGUUUUCUCCGUCGUCUCUGUCGAUCUCCCCGGUUAGUCGUUGACUGCGAUGUGGUUGAUUUCUUGACACUUGAUGCAAAUCUACCGAAAGCCACGUUUACGGCCGCUUUGAGCGCCAAAUCAAUGCAGAAGAUCUUCAAGGUAAGUGUCGUUAUAACUUAAUGAUUCCUGUUUUAGUCUUUUGGAGACGCUUUAAACAAAAUUGCUUAUCCUAUGGAUGAGAAUGAUCGUUGGUUCGAGCAAAUGCACGGCAAUGUCGAGGAAUUGGACGAUAUGCUAGUUCGUUUGCAUUCGAUUGUAGAUCAGCUGGGAUCCUUCCGAAGAGAGCUGUCUCAAUCCUCGGACAGUUUAUCUAAAUCUUUGUCGAUGAUUGCGUCGUGCGAAGAGAACACAGCGCUGGCCAGAACAUUGUCUAAAUUGGCCGAAACAAAAGAGAACUUGAGUGUUGUCCAGAAACAUGAAGCUGAUACGGAUUCGCAAAUUUUGGCUGAGGCUAUCCAGGUUUGUUCUAAAUUAAUCCUAACGGAGUUGAUUGCGUUGAUUGACUUUGAAAACGAAUUAUUUGAUGCUUUCAGGAACACCUUCACAUGACUCAGGUCUUGAAGGAACUUUUCUUCGAACGUGUGAAAGCCUGGCAAAACUGGCAGACCCUGAGGCAGAAUCUGGCCAAGAAAAGAGAACUCAAAGCAAGAUUUGACUUGGCUGGCCGUUCUGAUCGCGCUAAUGUGGCCAAGGCCGAAGUGGAAGCUUGUGAACAACGAGUGGACGAGAUGGAACAAGAUUUCCAGGAGAUGAGUAAGACUAUCAGAAGAGAGUACAUCAGAUUGUGUAAGGAGAGGAGAACCGACCUUAAGCAGGCAUUUAUCGCUUAUCUGGAAGCAUUGGUGGAAAGCGAACAGCAUGUAAGUUUUUAUAUUGUUAAAUGAGCAGUUAAAUAGUUGAUCACCAUUGGGUGAAACGGCUUCUUAUGUUUUUUAUUUAUGAGCAAUAAUCUUCUAAUGCAUUGCGUCAUAUAAUUAAUUCCAGAUUCUCGAGCAUUGGCAGAAAUUCGGCCCUGAAGUCCAGAGCAUCAUUUAA